AUGGCUCAUACACGACUUAAGCUGGAGACAUCCGAGGAAGGUUCCAACAAAUCCUGGAUACCAAAGGGCCUGCGGCCGGAACUACAAGAAUGGUCUGCCCUAUCACUUUGCCAAGUCAAGAGACAGAUCAGUGUCGUUAACGGGACACUCCGUUCAUCCGCCACCACAUCCUCUUAUUUAACAGGGCCCAAGUUCUCCAUGCUAAAAGACCCAACGGGGGUGAACGUCACCGCAGACUGUUAUGCUCCAGAGAACGUUGAUCUGACAGGUGAGGCAUUAGACGGAGUACUUGCGCCACCUGUGAUGUCGGCUGGUCUCGAUCACCAAUCGUAUUACCGCGCGGACCCUUCAACAGGGGCUUUCUGCUUGUUCAACGGAACAGACAUUGAAAGAUACCAAAUAUACAAUAGACUGGCUCGCGUUUUACGGUACAGCAUCCACCGCAACGCCACAGGACAUCCGAUUGUCGACGGACUCGUUGAUGGGAGGUGGGAACGACAGCCUAUUCACGGCAUGGCGGGCGGAACCAGCUUUGGCCCCGAGUUCUCGGAUGUCCCGGUUCGAAUUAGCAACCGGACACUCGGCUACGUGAUGUCUUCGGUCGGUGCGUCGCUCAACAAUCUUACCCUGGCAACAACCACCGAAAGAGCGACAGGCAGCUACGUAGUCCGCGAGCGCAUUCUGGUGGCACGCUGGCAGUGGCUGACGGCGCUAUUCGCGAUCGAGUUUCUCGGAAUAGGCUAUUUCUUCUUUAUUGUCUUCCGACCCCGCGACACGGCCGGGGUAUGGAAGGACUCCAUCUUCGCUGUUCUGUAUCACGGCCUGGACGACGAGUCGAAGGAGACCCACGACGGGAGGUUUGUGAGAGAUCUCAGGGGCAUGAAAGAGGCGGCUAAAGCCAUGGACGUGCGGCUGAACUACAUCAGGGACAAUAGCCGGAUUGCCUUAGUUCACGAGCCGACUACGAUCGAUACGGAACAGUAUAGUGCCGGAUCAUGGGUCAAGAACGGGUACAACCCGGCUGUAUAG